UUGAACGCAUUCGUUUACUAGGUCCGACCAGUGUUUUAACAGUAUUUCUUGGGUGCCCCUUGUAAAUAAAAGAUCAAGUCGAGUCCGGCUUGUACGUUUUUAGGUUAUCUGUUCUUGCUGCCAUACUAUGGCUGCAGCCUAGUCACUUCCUGCACGUUACCAACUUAUAGACUUGCCGACCUGUGUGUUGGUAGUAGCAGGGUACUGUGUGGUGACUGUUGGAAAUGUGAGGUUUGCUUGCUUUGAAGUACUGUAAUAAAGUUUAAAAAUAUAUAGCGUAAUUUAAACGUAAUUGGAUAACAAUACGAAUAGUUUAAUGUAUGUAAGAACGUGGCAAUAAUAAGGAGCAUUGUUAAGAAUGGCAGGCCCACAGCAUUCAUUCCCAUCAGGCUUUUCAAAUGCACAACAAGGAGCAAUGAGAAAUCAAUUUGGAGGUACACCACAGAUUGGAGGUCUGAUGUCAUCAGCACAGCAGACUGGGCUGGUAAAUCAGCAGCCAUAUGGAGUGGGAAUACAAGCAAGUACACAACAAGCGUUAUCUCAGCAACAACAGAAUCAGCAAUUGCAAAUGCAGCAACAGCAAAUUCAGCAACAACUACAGCAGCAACAAAUGCAGCAGUUGCAGCAGCAACAACAACAGCAGCAGGCAGCGAAUCAAAAUAACACACAGCAGCAACAAGGAAACCAACCACAACAAAACCCAUCACAACAACAACCACCAAAUAAGGAGUUCAACACCGCAUCUCUCUGCCGAUUUGGACAGGAAACAGUGCAGGAUAUUGUGUCCAGGACCCAGGAGGUGUUUCAGGCAUUAAAAGCAAUUCAGCCCCCUAAUGGCACAGCACAGGGUGCAAACACAAGCAACGAAAAGAAAUCCAAAGUCCAUGAGCAGCUGAAAACAAUUCGAAUUCUCUUUAAACGGUUGAGAUUAAUUUAUGAGAAAUGCAAUGAGAACUGCCAAGGCAUGGAGUACACCCAUAUAGAGAGUUUAAUUCCAUUAAAAGAAGAAUGGGAUAUGAAAUCUGAUGAAAAAAAGACUUCAGAAUCAUACAGACUUGUUUGUGAGGAAAACAAAGAAAUCAUGGAGCAAGUAAUAUUGAAGAACAGGCAUUUGAAGGAAAUAAUUGAUCAUUUAAGAAGAAUAAUAUGGGAAAUUAAUACAAUGUUAACAAUGAGAAGGUCAUGAUCCAUGUUCACACGUGUGAAAGGACUAAGAUAUGUGUAUUCUUAGGUUAUGUGGUUUGGAAAAUGAUCUGCAGUUAUGCUUACACAAAGUAUGACAAUAUUUGUUCCUUUGUUUGGAUACUGGAGUGCAUUGCCUUAUGUGUAUAUAAAUUAAGAAAUGAGAUAAACUAGGCAAGAAACUGAUAAUGCAUAUGUCGCCAGUUUAACAUUUAGUAGUACAUGAAAUAAUCGUGUUCACUGAUGUGCAUUUCAGUAUUGAUAAUGUCAGGUUUUUUUGGUUUCCCUCAAAUGUCUCCGGGACGAUACCACAUCUUUCCAAAUAUGUACUGACCAUUCAUGGUCAUCUUUCCAUGUUAUUCAGCAUUAUACAGUACAAUUGAAAAGUCUUGCAUCAUAUUUCUGACACUUCUUCCCCUCUAUUUCUGUUGAAAUCAAACAACAAAAAGCAGUGUCAUAAAGUGUUGGAAAUAUCUACUGUGUUCAGCAAUGCGUCCAUUCACUUUUUCCGGUACUUGUCGGUUAUCGGGACACAUCACUUUAAAAAUAGGUUAGGUUAGGUUAAUGUGUGUGGUUAAAUGACAUAUACUUGAAGGUUAUUAUAUUAUAUUAUAUUAUAUUUCAAUAAAUGACAACUAACCUAACCUAACCUAUUUUUAAAGCGAUGUGUCCCGAUAACCCGCAAGUACCCUUUUUUCUUCAUGUUUGCUGCAACCUAGUGAAAAGUUUCUGCAGUGACAGAAACAGCUCACCAGACAAGAUAUUGUGUGUGUUUUUUUUUUCACCCAAAGAGGGUUAGGAAAUAUAUCCCUAAACUCAUUCUGGUAAGUUAAAGUAAGAACGAGGUUCCAGGUAGUGUUUGACCAAUGUGACAUGUCUGCCUGGGCUUCUGUGUAUUUAUUGCAACUAUCAAUAAAUAUUUAAAUGGGUUGUGUGACUUUUUCUAAGUUGUAGAGUUUUCAUUACAUUUGCUGUACUUUCACAUAUAACAAUAUUAUAAUUAGAAUACAUCAUUUAUGCAUUUUUAUUUGGAAGUAUUAAAACUGUAAGCUA